CUAGCCAAGCACGCCUGCAGUCACAUGACCACCAGUGUAGGAAAAUAAGUCAAGAUAUGUUCUCAGCUAGCAACAACACAGAUGAAGGACCAUCUAGCCAAGCACGCCUGCAGUCACAUGACCACCAGUGUAGGAAAAUAAGUCAAGAUAUGUUCUCAGCUAGCAACAACACAGAUGAAGGACCAUCUAGCCAAGCACGCCUGCAGUCACAUGACCACCAGUGUAGGAAAAUAAGUCAAGAUAUGUUCUCAGCUAGCAACAACACAGAUGAAGGACCAUCUAGCCAAGCACGCCUGCAGUCACAUGACCACCAGUGUAGGAAAAUAAGUCAAGAUAUGUUCUCAGCUAGCAACAACACAGAUGAAGGACCAUCUAGCCAAGCACGCCUGCAGUCACAUGACCACCAGUGUAGGAAAAUAAGUCAAGAUAUGUUCUCAGCUAGCAACAACACAGAUGAAGGACCAUCUAGCCAAGCACGCCUGCAGUCACAUGACCACCAGUGUAGGAAAAUAAGUCAAGAUAUGUUCUCAGCUAGCAACAACACAGAUGAAGGACCAUCUAGCCAAGCACGCCUGCAGUCACAUGACCACCAGUGUAGGAAAAUAAGUCAAGAUAUGUUCUCAGCUAGCAACAACACAGAUGAAGGACCAUCUAGCCAAGCACGCCUGCAGUCACAUGACCACCAGUGUAGGAAAAUAAGUCAAGAUAUGUUCUCAGCUAGCAACAACACAGAUGAAGGACCAUCUAGCCAAGCACGCCUGCAGUCACAUGACCACCAGUGUAGGAAAAUAAGUCAAGAUAUGUUCUCAGCUAGCAACAACACAGAUGAAGGACCAUCUAGCCAAGCACGCCUGCAGUCACAUGACCACCAGUGUAGGAAAAUAAGUCAAGAUAUGUUCUCAGCUAGCAACAACACAGAUGAAGGGUAAGUUCUAUCAGAGUACUUUUGUAUUGUAUAAUUCUCUAUGAUAGUGUCAGAGUGCAUGUUAGUAGUUGGAAUAUCACUUUUAGAUUGAUCAUUACAAAGU